GGUGGGGUCUUCUGCUGUCCCCCGGCUCCUACUCCUCCGCCGGCUCUUCCGCCGGCUCCGGACCCUCCGCCGGCUCCCCCGGCUCCUGCUCCUCCACCGGCUCCUGCUCCUCCGCCGGCUCUCCCGCCGGCUCCGGACCCUCCGCCGGCUCCCCCGGCUCCUGCUCCUCCACCGGCUCCUAUUCCCCCGCCGGCUCCCCCGUCUCCUAUUCCUCUGCCGGCUCCUAUUCCUCCGCCGGCUCCCCCGGCUCCUACUCCUCCGCCGGCUCUUCCGCCGGCUCCGGACCCUCCGCCGGCUCCCCCGGCUCCUGCUCCUCCACCGGCUCCUGCUCCUCCGCCGGCUCUCCCGCCGGCUCCGGACCCUCCGCCCGCUCCCCCGGCUCCUGCUCCUCCACCGGCUCCUCCUCCGCCGGCUCCCCCGUCUCCUAUUCCUCCGCCGGCUCCCCCGGCUCCUACUCCUCCGCCGGCUCUUCCGCCGGCUCCGGACCCUCCGCCGGCUCCCCCGGCUCCUGCUCCUCCACCGGCUCCUGCUCCUCCGCCGGCUCUCCCGCCGGCUCCGGACCCUCCGCCGGCUCCCCCGGCUCCUGCUCCUCCACCGGCUCCUAUUCCCCCGCCGGCUCCCCCGUCUCCUAUUCCUCUGCCGGCUCCUAUUCCUCCGCCGGCUCCCCCGGCUCCUACUCCUCCGCCGGCUCUUCCGCCGGCUCCGGACCCUCCGCCGGCUCCCCCGGCUCCUGCUCCUCCACCGGCUCCUGCUCCUCCGCCGGCUCUCCCGCCGGCUCCGGACCCUCCGCCCGCUCCCCCGGCUCCUGCUCCUCCACCGGCUCCUAUUCCCCCGCCGGCUCCCCCGUCUCCUAUUCCUCUGCCGGCUCCUAUUCCUCCGCCGGCUCCCCCGGCUCCUACUCCU